CUGCUGAGCGGCCUGGCCCAGAAAGCCUUCCACGGUCACCCGGGCAUUACCGAGGAGCUGCUGCGGAGCCAGCUCUACCCGGAGGUGCCCCCCGAGGAGUUCCGGCCCUUUCUGGCGAAGAUGAGGGGCAUUCUUAAGUCUAUUGCAUCUGCAGACAUGGAUUUCAACCAGUUGGAAGCAUUUUUGACUGCUCAAACCAAAAAGCAAGGAGGGAUCACAUCUGAUCAAGCUGCGGUCAUUUCUAAAUUCUGGAAGAGUCAUAAGACAAAGAUCCGAGAGAGCCUGAUGAACCAGAGCCGCUGGGACAGUGGGCUUCGGGGCCUCAGCUGGAGAGUUGACGGCAAGUCACAGUCGAGGCACUCAGCUCAGAUACACACCCCUGUUGCCAUAAUGGAGCUGGAAAUAGGGAAAAGUGGACAGGAAUCUGAAUUUCUGUGUUUGGAAUUUGAUGAGGCCAAGGUCAACCAAGUUCUGAAGACGCUCUCAGAGGUAGAAGAAAGUAUCAGCACGCUGAUGCAGCCAGCCUAGCUGAAGAUGGGAGUUGUUGGAGCAAAAAGUGUUCAUGAUCCCUCCCCACUGACCUGUUUUUUAAAAAAAUAUUAUUCACCCAUUAGUAUUAAAUCCUCAAAUUCAAAUCUU